GUAAUUCUAAUUUAAUUGAUAUUGAACGAAGUAUAUUGGGAGAAAAAGAUAUAAACGAACCAUCAGUUCUUGUUGAUAGUAUAGAACAAGGUCAUAGCUUGGAAAUUUUUUCUAAUAAUAAGCAAAGUUUUAUUUGUAAUAUCUGA